GGGGGAAAAAAAGCCGAACUGUCUCCGUCGAUUCAGACCGAAGAAGUCACCAUCAUGUCUGACUGCAGGAGGCAGUGGAACCGGGAGGAUGAGCUGCCGGUCUACCUCGCGGGUCCGAUCAGCACUGGGCCGAACCAGCGCAAAUCCUACGGGAUGUUCAGCUCCGUGGAGGGGGCGUUCGACAGCAAGACCAUUGACUUUGAUAACUACGCAGUGGGCAGGAAGGGGAACCGCACCCCGAGAAGCAGCAGCCGGGAGAGGGUCCUAGACACCAGUGAUCCUGUGGGGAAGACUCCCGGAGAGGUCCGAGAGGGGUCGCGGUGCAGCCCAAGUGGAGACGCAAAUGAUGCUCGGAGCGACGUGGAAGUAUUUACCUCUGAGAACGAGGGCCCCAACGGAAAGGAUGGAAAGUUGCUGAUCAAAGGGGGGAGGGUCGUCAAUGACGACCGGUCUUUCUAUGCGGACGUCUACAUUGAGGAUGGGCUCAUUAAGCAGGUGGGGGAGAACCUGGCUGUUCCAGGCGGCGUCAAGGUAAUAGAAGCCAAGGGUCGCAUGAUAAUACCGGGGGGAAUAGACGUCAACACGUGCCUGAUGAAGCCUUACCUCGGCACACAGCCUGUAGACGAUUUCUUCCAGGGCACUAAGGCUGCACUCGCUGGCGGCACCACCAUGAUCAUUGACCAUGUGACCCCUCAGCCAGGGGACAGUCUGUUGGAGGUGUUUGAGCGCUGGCAGGAGGCAGCGGAUAAAAAGGCGUGCUGUGACUACUCCCUGCACGUCGACAUCCCCCAGUGGAACGAGAACGUUAAGGAUGAGCUGGAGCUGCUGGUGCAGGACAAAGGCAUCAACUCCUUCCAGUUGUACAUGGCUUACAAAGAUGUCUACCAGAUGUCUGACGCUCAGUUGUAUGAGGCGUUCUCCUUCCUGAAGCAGCUGGGCGCCGUGGUGUUGGUUCAUGCUGAGAAUGGAGACCUGAUUGCACAGGAACAAAGAAAAAUCCUCAAAAUGGGAAUUACUGGUCCUGAAGGGCAUCCUCUGAGUCGCCCUGAGGAGCUGGAAGCUGAAGCAGUGUUCCGUGCCAUCACUCUUGGCAACCGUGUGAACUGUCCGGUCUACAUCACCAAAGUGAUGAGCAAGAGUGCAGCCGACACCAUCACUCAGGCCCGGAGGAAAGGUUCUGUAGUUUUUGGGGAGCCGAUCACAGCCAGCCUGGCAACUGAUGGCUCUCAUUAUUGGAGCAAGAAUUGGGCCAAGGCAGCUGCUUACGUGACCUCUCCGCCCUUGAGCCCCGAUCCCACGACUCCAGACCAUCUCCACACACUACUGGCCUGCGGGGACCUGCAGGUGGUGGGCAGCGCUCACUGCGCAUACAGCACUUUGCAGAAAGCAAUCGGCAAAGACGACUUCACCCUGAUCCCAGAGGGGACCAAUGGAGUUGAGGAGAGAAUGGGUUUUGUCUGGGACAAGGCUGUGGCCAUGGGAAAGAUGGAUGAGAAUCAGUUUGUUGCGGUAACGUCGACUAAUGCGGCAAAAGUGUUCAAUCUAUACCCGCGUAAGGGACGCAUAGCCGCAGGCUCUGAUGCUGAUAUCGUCAUCUGGGAUCCUGACUGUGUCAAAACCAUCACUGCCAAACUGCAACAAUCUGCUGCAGAAUACAACAUCUUUGAAGGUCUGGAGUGCCGUGGCGGGCCGGCGCUGGUGUUGAGUCAAGGUCGGAUAGUUUAUGAAGGCGGCAAACUGCAGGCUCAGCAGGGCACUGGCCGGUUUCUACCCCGCAAGCCCUUCCCUGACUAUGCCUACCAGCGGGUCAAUUGUAGAAAUCAGGUGAAGAGCAUGCAGGGUGUCACUAGAGGGAUAUAUGAUGGCCCUGUGUACGAUGUUGCUCCUGCACCCAAAUACAUCACCCCUUCGCCGUCAGCCAAGACUUCCCCCACCUCCCACCAACCACCGCCGAUACGCAACCUUCACCAGUCAAACUUCAGCCUUUCAGGUGCUCAGGUUGACGACAACAUCCCUCGUAGGUCUGGCCACCGCAUCGUAGCCCCCCCUGGUGGUCGCUCCAACAUCACCAGCCUUGGCUAAAGGCUUGACUCAGCAUAAGCCAUGGCUGGUGAAGGAUUUCACCUGUGGAGUGUGUGUGUGUGUGUGUGUGUGUGUGUGUGCACAUUUGACUGCCACAAAAUAAUACCUUUGUGUACACUCCAUACUGAUCGUUUUUAUAGAUUUGCACUUAAAUUAGGGACAUCCAUGCUACUAGUAAAACAUUGUGAUUCACAAUCAGACAGCCUAUUUGAAACCACACUGAAGUCUUUGAGGACAGACCCAACCCCAAAGUGGUCAUGAUGUUGUUUUGUUCUUCCUUUUGAGCACGACUUUCUCUUUAUUCUUCCUCGCCGUCCACUUCUAAACAAGCGAGUCUGCUCAGACAUGGUGCUACUUUUCCACCACCGGGUGUACUGCAGAAGAGGUUACUUUAAUUGUCGGCAUCUAGUUUGAACGCAUCUAGAUUAUUCUUUUUAGUUGAACUAAAAUAGAUCAGUUUUGCAUAGGCUAUUGCAUGGACAAAUCUUUAAAUGUUGCACUACUUGUUGUUAAUUGUGGCAACGCGUUAAACAUGAAACUGCACUAGAAGCACAUUUGUGUUCAACAGCACAGACAUGUAUUUGUAUCCUGGGAAAUGUAGAUGCUUUAAUAACGUAAUCCCAUUCACUGUGGACAUACAGUCGGCUGCUUCCAGCACCGAAACAUAGCAUUCACCGGGAAGGUCCUGCAACUGCAAUAAAGACCUGUCCUCCAGCAAAUACUUUAUGCAAAUGUGUUAAUGUUCUCCUAAUAAAAUGUGAAAGUGGUGCAGUAGCUGAAUGAAAACAACUGUUGAGUUUAGCUUUAGACUUUAGACACAACAGGCUUCCAUGGCAAACACUUCAGAACCACAAUCAGCUUUUAUUGCCAACUUGCUUCAUACAACGACGAAUCUCACUUUCCCUCACUGAAGACAUUUAAGUACAAUAUACUAAAAAGGUAAAUAGAAAUAUUUUCCUUGUAAAUAUGAAUCAAUACUGAAGGGGAGUACAAGGUUGGAGUGCUUCAAAUAAAGCAUAGCAUCCACCUGGGUAGUCUGACUUUGAAGUGAUCAUCAGAGAGAACCCCUGAGGGAAGAAACUGUCUCUGUGGCAGCUGGUUUUAGCAAAUAGGGCUCUGUAGUGCCAGCUGGAAGGUAAACGUCCAAAUACUAUGUUUGCAGGAUGUCUGGGCCUGCAAAGAUGUUUUUAUCUGACCUUAGACCUGUACUGUCCUGGAUGGAGGGAAGGUCUGAUGAUCCUCUCUGCACUGAUAAUUGAUUUUGUGAUAUUUUUGAAACUUUUCUGCCAAUCACUGUUCCCAGAAAUGGAUCAUUGUUGUUAGAAAAUCCUUAGAUCACUGCUGUAAAAGGUUAAAGUGUAAAGGUUUGAGAAACCUCCCCUGCUCUCUUAAGCAUUCUUUGUAAUCUGUUUACAUUCCUUUUUAUUACCUCUAGGUGUUUUCUUUGUUUUGCUACAUUUAGUGUUUAUCAACUGUUCCAUAUUUCUUGACGUGCUGCAAUGUGUCCGUUGGAACCGCUGAUUAUUAAUAAAGACCCGACUGUUGACAAAACC